UUUAGAAAGCCAGGCGGGGCUCCGCUGGCUCCGCGGUGCGCGCGUGCUUCGGGGGCGGAGCCGUCCGCAAAACGCUGGACAAGGGUACAAGGGAUGGCCUGAGCAAUAACAAUCAAAAGGGGCAGUGCACAGGCGGCGGCCAUGGCGGUGAACGGCUGAUUGAUGCAGCCGAUCGGCUCGUGCUGCUGCUGCACUGCAGAUACUACACUACGCCGGUGGUGGUCCCCGCGCGCGAGGAACUCAUGCUGGAGGCGGCACAGCGUUGUUCCGGGCAGUCGGCGGCAUCGGGGCGGCGGUGAGCCAUGGCGCCACGGUGGCGGUGCUGACGACCGACGUCCCCGUCAUCGACCGGUCGCGGCAUGGCUGCAGCCGGGUGUGCCCGAGCUCGGCUCCCGCUGCUACUCCUGCUGCUGGCGGUGCACAUCGUGCGCCAAGCAGAUGGCUGCGACUUUCCAGCGGCCUGGUGGGGUGAGUGGUUCUUGCAAGGAGCACGGGAGCCUGUGCGCAUCAACCGCACCCACAUAUCUACACGGGGCCGGUGCCUGGAGGGCCGCGAAAGCAAGUUUCUUCUGUCUGAGACUGGCUGUGUGCGCUGCUUGGGCAUCAGUGCAAAGCACGCGAAUGUGCUGCAGUACAAGGAAACACCUUGCUCGCACCAGACCUCACAUGCAGCUGUGUGUGCAGAGUUUGCGGGUGAUGCUAGCCUGUACUCACUCUUCCGGCUCAAUGGCAGUGAGCAGGAAUGCCCCAUGCAGGGCCCACUCCUGUUCAGCUACAACCAAGGUGGUGGCGAUUGUGCUAACCCCCCCUCAAGUCUGGAAUCGUGUACAGAGCCCAGCCGGCUGCUGCUGCGCUUCCAGGCCUGUGCCAGUGUGCUUGGCUCCGAGAGCAGAGAGGAGCAGCUGACAUGCCUGGCAUCGUGGAAAGAGGGCUCGGUGCGCUACCUGGUUGGCCGGCUGGUGCAUGCAGCAGCCAAGACGGAUGCUGAUCGGCUGCGCUGCUUCGCUUACGAGCAGGCCAAUGGUGGCUGGCAACUGGCCCAGUCGGGGGAUGCCACGUGCGACGCCCUGAGUGGUGCCACCGAGGGAUCACGCACGCUGCGCCUGUGGCCGCCCCCCAUGCCAGCAGGGCACAUGUGCAGCUGGCCCGACUGGUUCUCACAAGGCGCCUGGCAGCCACUGGGUGAGGCUGGCACGCCACUCCAGGUGCUGUCACCUGAUGUGCUGCUCAUGGGUGCCACACGGCUGCGCUGCCUCGAGCCACUGCCAGCUCUCAGUGACCCAGCUGAAGCACGCUUUAAGGUCCAGGCCAUGCAUCAGUGUGCAAGCCAGAGGCGCUGCCUGGGGCUCCUGAGGAGAACAGCGCACGUGGUGGAGCUGCGACAGGGUGACUGCGAGCAGCUGUCGCGGCCACUUACAUUGGUGCAGCAGCGCCAGGCAGGCAGCUGUGGCCCCCUUCUGGGCCGCCUCUUCUUGCUGCCCCAACAAGCAGGUGCCACAGCAGGACUGCUCCCGGGCUGUGGCGGCCACUCAGUGCUCAGCUGGGGCUGUGGCUACCACCAGGAACAGCUGCAGCUGCUGCUCGGAUGUGGCUCUGACAUACACCGAUUUGAGUGCCAUGGCAGCUGGGAGGAGAACGGCACACGCCUGCUGGUAGCCAGUGCAGUGUCCAGCCAGCGCCAUUACUGCAUUGCUGUGUUGGCGCAGCGUGUGCAGUUUGCCGAGAGCCCCCCUGCGUGCACCCAGGGCCUGCUCUGGCCAUGGCUGUCCUUUGAGCUGACACACACCGACAGCUGUGACUCGCACGAAACGGGUGCAGCUACUGGCCAGUGGCCUUUAUUACCGGUGUUGGUGGCCGCACUUCCGAUGUUGCUUGCAGCCGAAACGCUUUCCUAGGUGCUGUGGUGGACAGGCUCAAGAGACUGUGUAACAGUGUUGGUGCUGGCGUUGUUGAUGUGUCUUGAUGUGCUGUGACCAAAAGUCUGACCACGUCGUUGGAGAAGACAGUGCCUCUGGGCGCACACUGACACCUAAACAGAGGCCUUCAUUUGGGCAGCUGCCAAGUGGUAGCUUGGGAGGUAGGCAGAUGCUGUGUAAUUCAUUGUUCACAUGCAUUCCAGAGGCACAAGACCCUUUGUAUCAAACCACUGCAGCUUCUUCCAGCCUGCCUACAGACCAGCCAGCACAGUGGAAUGUGGUGCAGUGACAGUACUCAAGCAAGCUGCUCACAGAUGAGCACUUGCAUUUGUAAUGGACCUCUGUGCAUACAGUAUGGCUGAGCAGAAAUGCCAGUUGCACAAAUGCUUUGUUAAUACACCGAGUACUCGCGUUCAUCUUAUGCCAGAACCUGUAGAAAAUGUUUGGCGAUUUUAAUUAGAUGAGAAAUAAAGUGCAAAGCAGUUUCAGAAGGGUGCCCAUAUUUGACUGCUGCAGCAGUGAGUUCAUUGCUCAAAGUCUUGCUAUGCACUGUUCACUUUCUGAACAUGUUUUUACCGCAACAUGUUAAAACAGCAUGCUUUUAAAGUAUAGGAGGCUGCUCUAGUGCAGAUAUUGUUUGCGAUAUGUAAAUGCUGCAUUGAAACUUUUAAAAGCUUAUCAUUAAAUGCAAGUCAUGGAACAGCAGCUGUGGUAAAGGCUCCAUACAAGACAUAGAGCUUACCAGACUACCGAGGCAUCAAGACCAUCGAGACUUACCUUUUAAAACUGCCUCUUUGUUACUUUUAUUAGGCGUGGUGUGUUGUCACUUGUUUUUGCACUUUACUAAACGAACCAUCUACAGUUGUGUUCAAAUUUAUUGGCAGGCGAGGCUCCUGUGGGCAUUCAGACUAAUUGUAAGCACACUUUGUAAACCCUGUAAUUGGUGAACAGAUCUUAAGCAUAGUAUUUUCUUUUUCGAAUUCAUCCCAGUAAGACCAGUACUAUACAUAUUUAGCCACUUCUGCUUAUGGGGCAUCAAGUAGGAGGCCAAUGUCAACCGUGUAAGUGAUCACAUCCUGCAGUGGUUAUGGCUCUCUGCUGCUAAGGACGAGGUCAUGGUCCUUAUUUGUGGCCACAUUCCAAUGGAAGUGCUACGCAGAAAUGCUAGUGCAUCUGGGUUUCAGUAUACGUUAAAAGAAUCCCAGGUGGUCAAAAAUAACAUGGAGCCCAGCUUAUGCUCUGCGACAUUAAACCCUAUGAAACAAUUAACUCAGUGAUUUUAGACUUCGGGCCAACCUAUUAUCUGCAGCAUGCUCAACAGUGCAUGCAUGUUCGUUUCAGUAGUGUAUUCUAGCACUUGGUAAAGGACAGAGAUGGAAGCAAGACAAUGUUCUACAGUGAGCAUUGAAAAAAAUUUAAUAACAGAAAUAAAAUGAAGUCAAUGAAACUAAAUAGGAGUUUGGUGCGAGUUAUGGACCACACAACAGUACGUACGAAAGGCUGGUGCAACUCAGCAAAGCGGCAGAGUCAACUUCCUGGAAUCAGCUCCCUAAUAAAAAUUAGCAGCAGAAUUGGUCAUCAUGAUAAAGAAGCCAAGGCAUGUUCUUGGAGACAAAAAAAAUGAGGACUUGAGCACAGUGUACUCGUCACACACCUCAAAGUUGUGGCCACAGGACUGUUCCCUGUAUGUUUAUUAUUUGCUGGUGCUUAGUACAGUGAUGGAAGUCACUUUCAUGGCAGUCUUUUGUACCCAGCAAGAAUGCAGAAAAUAACUUUUUGGAAUAAAGUGAAAGUAUAUUAGAAAUGUUGAAUAGUCAUGGCCUUUGUACAAAGCACUUAGUUACUAUAAAUUUCUAGAGUAAAGCACAAAUAUAUUACAAAUGUUGAAUGUUCAUGGCUUUUGUGCAUUUAGUGCUUCUACAAGUUUGAAGACUGACAAUACGAAAAUAUAAAUGAGCUUCAUUUGAUCCUUUAUAAGUAGGGGUGUGCAGAUACUGAAUAGAUUUCAACUCAAAUAUUGAAUUUGAUAUGAAAUAACAGAAAAUUUAUCUCUUAAGUUUGCAAAUGCUUGGCAUGUAAACAUGCUGCACAUGCUCGGGGGAGUCUCCUAGCAUUACAUAACAAGAAAGUGGCAAACUUGGGUGCAUAGAAAUCAAGACAUACGUACAGUAUGGUCUACUCUUAUUGAAGGGAACUUCAAAUUAGUAUUCCAACACUGAAUAUGGCUCAGUUCUAGUUUAUGUGAAUGCCUGAGAAAUUUUUCCAAUAAAAUGUUGAACGAAGUGCUAUUUUCUGUCUGAAGCUGAACGAUUAGUGAUGUUAUGUUGUACUGAAUACCAAUGAUAUUCCCUGUUUAACAGCAUACCUGUGUUUUAUGGCAAUCAUUUAUUGCAUAGAAAGUUAUGCUUUCCAAUUUUCCUGCAAAACACAGUAAGCCUUCCCCAUCUUUUCAGCAGGUGGGUUAUUGCAAGGCCAAUCUGCGCAACAGAUGAAAGCGCAGACCGUGCAUCACAUGACUAAAUAUCUGCUCCACGCGUAACCAUUGUUGGUGCUGCACAGGUCAACCACGGUCGGCGCCAUCAGUAAAGAGCAGACACUUUUUCAUUGUCGGGGUCAGUGUUGCCACCUGUCAGAAGUUCUGAAAUCGGAAGGGCGGUAGUUAAUGUGUGCAAGGCAUCUAUUGCGUGCCACUUUUGCAACAAAAACAACGAAGUGAGGCACCCAAUUGCACGGCAUCUAGCACGAGGGGCUAGCUUGUGCACGUGACAUGCAGUACUGCAUGGGUCUCUACAUUAAAUACUGAAUAUUCAAAAAAUCGAAUGGUACAUAUUCUAUUUGCAAAUUGAAUUGCCUAAACAUUCGCUAUUCGAUUUCGUGAUAUUUAUGUAUUCACACAUCCCUAUUUAUAAGGCUUCUGCAUUAUACCUUUCCUCAGUUUUACAGCAAUACAGUUCUGCUAUGUUAUUUGGAACUUGCUUACUGAAUCUCACUGGAUUCUGUAAAGUGGCUCAUAACAUCUUUUGAGUAGUGGUUCUUCUUUGGUGAAGGUAAUGCUCGUGCCUUGCUACUUCACUUUGUUGAUUUGAAGCCGUAAAACAAGACGCAAGGCAGUGCACCAGCAAUAGUACAGGAAAUGACAAGUGCUGCUGCAACAGUGCCCCACUGCACCAAGUUACACUGUGCCAUGCACUGAAGAUGUACUGUUGUUGACCCUUGUGAGGUUAUGCUGUUGUGAAACUUAAUUCUUCACAGCAAUAGCUGCUUGGGCUUGCUCCCCUAAUCGUUUUGAUGUCCACUGCUGGCGCCGGUGUUCAUUGCAGAAAUCCCAGAGUACUUUCAAGAACUUUAUAAAGAAAGAUGAAAAGCAAAUAAAUUUGCAGUGCUUCGUGUGAAUUUGAACUUCGGUCCCACAAAGUCAAAGUCUGAGAAUUUACCUCUCGGUUACAUGAUAUAUGAAAGAAGUAGUUCUUCGGGAUCCGGUGUUCAGCAAUUUGAAAAAAGUGCUGGCACACACAGAAGAGCAAAAACAAACAAUUAAUUUAUACGUUUCAGUCGGGGUCCAAAACAUAAAUGUUUGUUUUUGUUUUUAUACAUGCACUUGCACUUUUUUCAAAAUUUAUAUAUAUGCAGGGUGUCCCAGCCACCAUACACCAAGAUUAAAAAAUAUGCAAAUACCAUGUAGCUGGACAGAACCAAUGUUCUUUGCCAUUGCUUGGAGAUAAUCGGAUUAUUCUUUGCGUGUUGCCUAAUUACACAAUUAGUCUUAAUUAAUUAGCUUCUCAAAUAUUAUUAGAAUAAAAGUGCCACUGAGAAAAUUUUAGAGCGACAUGAAAAACUCUCCAUACAGCUUUCUGUUGCUCAAUACGUGCUACAUUAGUAUUUUCGGAAGGAAGCCGGCAAAUACAUGCAAAGUGCUUCGGGCGGCCAGUCGCGUGGCAAUUUUGCGUGUAUUCACGGGCUUCUUUCACGUUUGGAAAAACACUAAUUGACACUUUUUAUCUAAUUAUGAUAUUUGAGAAUUUGAUUAGUUAACUAAGACUAAUUAUGCAAUUAGGCAGAAUGCUAAAAAGAAUCCGAGUAUCUCCAAGUGACAGGAAACAACAUUACCUUGGUUCUGUCCAGCUAAGUAGCAUUCGCACAUUUUUAAAUCUUGGUGCAUGAUAGUUGGGACACCCUGCAUAUAUUCACUGGAUGGCAGCCUGCCUCCCAUUGUACGGACUGUCUAUUGUCCGUUUUGUUUAUUGUGCUGGAGCAGUGUCCGCAUGACCUGAUCUUGGGCGGAGACUUCCUUUCGGCCCAUUCUGCCUUGCUUUACCAGUGUUGUUCAAUUGCAACUUCCUUACAACAGCAGUUCUGUUUAUGAUGCACUUCCCUCCUUUUGCUCCACCGACUUUGCUUGGUUGCCACAAGCUGCUACUGCUUUUGACCCCUUGGCAAUCUGUUCUUGACGGUGACUACAUCGUCGCUCCGCUUCUCGAUGUCCUUCUGAACCAUAGUGUCGUGGCCCCAAGUACGAUUGUCACCACUGUGGAUAAUUCUACUUGCCUUUCGUCCCGGCCUCAAAUUUGGAUGCACUGCACAUGUUCUUACUGGGACAACACGGUGGUUGUCCGACACCUGCGCAGAAGUGCCAGGUAUCAACGCUCACACCCGAUUACCAAUCACGACGUGUAUCCUUUUACCUUGCAUGAAUGGUGUACUUGAUUGGCCACAUGGGGCGAAGUAUUUUUCAUUGACUGACUUCCGCUCUGGCUACUGGCAGAUUGCUGUUCAUGAGGAGGACCAUGAGAAGACCACCUUUAUUAUGCCUGAUGGUCUUUACCAGUUCAGAAAUAUGCCUUCAGGCUCUGCAAUGCGCCAGCAGUGUUCGAGAGAAUGACGGACACUCUUCUGCGGGGUUUGAAGUGGUCAAUAUGUCUUUGUUAUCUUGAGUGCACUUAAGAGUGCAUUCUCGCUAACGCUAGCAGCCUUCUCUCCAUGACCAAGUGCAACUGCUAUAGGUGAUAUAGGUGAUGAAAGUAUAGUAUUUCUUCUGGGCAUUGUCUGAAGAAGGUAUGUCUUGCAGCAAUGCAUCCAGCUUGUUUACAUUUUUGUGGGCAGAACUAUGGGAAUAAAAUCUUUGCUGGCCAAUCUCA